AUGGAUAUAGAAUUUCAAUAAUCUCCUGUCUUAAAUAAUGGAGAAGAGAAAAAAAAAAAUAAUUAUGUUCAUAUUCCUGUUUAUGAUGUGAAACCAACUUAGAAUUACCCAAAUUCUGCUUAAUAAGUAGAAUCAGAAGAAUAACUAGUUUAAAUUGAUGAACGAUGGUAUGCUAAGAAUGAAAACUAUAAACCAUUAUCAGCAGAUCAAAGACCUGGUUUUAUUAGAAAAGUAUUUAUUCAUAUAAUAUUUAACAAGGUUUAUAGUAUAAUGAUAUUACAAUUAAUAUUAACAGUUGUAGCUUGCUGCUUCUCUUAUUUCUAUAUUCCUUUUAGAGAUUUCUAAAAUGAACAUUCAGGUUGGGUUUAUUUAGCAAUUGCAAUAGCAAUCAUUAUUGAAAUGAUUUUAUUAUGGAUACCAAAAUAUUCCUGGAGAGUACCUCAUAAUUAUAUAUUUCUCUUUGUUUUUACAGUUGCUGAAAGUUACAUUAUAUCUCAACUUUGUAGUUAUGUUUUCAACAAAUAUAGUGAUGAAGGAGGUAUACUGAAUUCUUAAUUAGGAUUUAUCGUUUUAAUGGCUGCUGCCCUUACUUUAGCUGCUGUAAUUGGACUCACUCUUUAUGCAUGCAAAACCAAAAAGGAUUUCACAACUAAAGGUAUUAUAUUAUCUAAGAAUAUUUAAGGUGCAUUUUUAUUUAUGGCAAGUACUUCUCUAUUUCUUUUUGCAAUAUUAUCAGGAGUAUAUUAUGAUUAAGCUAUGAGUUUACUAUAUUCAUUGAUUUCUAGUUUACUAUUUGGAGUCUAUUUAAUAUAUGAUACUCAAUUAAUUAUUGGAGGAAGUGUAAUUAUUUAAUUUCAUGUAGACUCACAAAUUAUCAAUAGAUGAUUAUAUUAUUGGUGCUAUGUUCAUAUAUAUAGAUAUUGUAUAUCUAUUUGCUCAUAUUGUUUUAAUUAUUGUAGCAUGUUUCAGAUGA